UGCAUUCGAUAACUAGAUCGACCAAGCCAAGGAACAGCCUCCUGACCUCGCCAAGCACGUGUCAUGUCAAAGUGGUGCAUCGUGUUGAUAACUUUCUUUUUCGGAACUUGAUUUGUCUCAAUAAGAAACAACAGAUUGAAUCAUGUCUAGACGACCAGAGCAUUCGGCACCGCCUGAAGUGUUCUACAAUGAAGUGGAAGCGCAGAAAUACACACAGAAUUCUCGGAUGAUGGAUAUCCAGGUUCAAAUGUGCGAGCGAGCCAUUGAAUUGCUAUUGUUACCUGAGGACGAGCCAUGCCUUCUUCUUGACAUUGGUUGCGGAUCUGGACUUAGCGGAAGUGUUUUAGAAGACCAAGGCCACACGUGGAUCGGUAUCGAUAUAUCUCCAGCAAUGUUGAAUGUAGCUAAAGAGCGGGAGGUUGAGGGUGAUCUAAUUCUCAGUGAUAUGGGACAAGGGGUACCUUUCAGAGCUGGCAGCUUUGAUGGAGCUGUGAGCAUAUCUGCGUUACAGUGGCUUUGCAAUGCUGACAAAACAUCACACAAUCCCGUUAAACGAUUGUAUCAGUUCUUUUCCUCCCUUUUCGCCUCAUUAGGACGUACAGCUAGAGCUGUUUUUCAAUUUUAUCCUGAAAAUAGCGAUCAGAUUGAGUUGGUCACAACACAGGCGACAAAAGCUGGAUUCUUUGGUGGAAUAGUUGUUGAUUUUCCAAACAGUACCAAGGCUAAAAAAUUCUUUCUGGUUCUGAUGACUGGUGGUGCAAUGCCUCUUCCUAAGGCAUUGGGAACUGGUGAUGACAAUACUGUAGUGAAUUAUGCGUCAAAAAGAGAGCGGAUUGUUAGGGUACGCGGAAAGCCAUUAAAGAAAAGUAGAGAAUGGAUUUUGGAAAAGAAAGAGAGAAGACGAAGACAGGGUAAGGAGGUCAGAGAUAAUUCAAAAUACACUGGGCGAAAAAGGAGCGGCCGAUUCUAAAAUCUCUUAAUUCUGUCAACUGUAAUUACUCGUAAUAAUA